AGUGUCUGGAAGCCACCAGCCAUGGCUGUGGGGAACAUCAAUGAGCUACCGGAGAACACCCUCCUGGAGCUCUUCACCCAUGUGCCUGCCCGCCAGCUGCUGCUACACUGCCGCCUAGUCUGCAGCCUCUGGCGUGACCUCAUCGACCUUGUGACCCUCUGGAAACGUAAGUGUCUGCGUGAUGGCUUCAUCACUGAAGACUGGGACCAACCCGUGGCCGACUGGAAGAUCUUCUACUUCCUCCGCAGCCUCCAUAGGAACCUCCUGCACAACCCCUGUGCUGAAGAGGGGUUUGAGUUCUGGAGCCUGGACGUGAAUGGCGGAGAUGAAUGGAAGGUGGAGGAUCUCUCUAGAGACCAGAGAAAGGAGUUCCCCAGUGGCCAGGUCAAGAAAUACUUCGUGACUUCUUAUUACACCUGCCUCAAGUCCCAGGUGGUGGACCUCAAGGCUGAAGGGUAUUGGGAGGAACUGAUGGAUACCACACGGCCGGACAUCGAGGUCAAGGACUGGUUCGCAGCCAGGCCAGACUGCGGGUCCAAGUACCAGCUGUCUGUUCAGCUCCUGUCAUCAGCGCAUGCACCUCUGGGGACCUUCCAGCCAGACCCAGCGAUGAUCCAGCAGAAGAGCGAUGCCAAGUGGAGAGAGGUCUCCCACACAUUCUCCAACUACCCACCCGGCGUCCGCUACAUCUGGUUUCAGCACGGCAGCGUGGACACUCGCUACUGGGCUGGCUGGUACGGCCCAAGGGUCACCAACAGCAGCAUCACCAUUGGGCCCCCACUGCCUUGACACCCCCAAGUUCCCACCUGCCAGACCCUUACUGGUAAAUUGCUGUCAAAGAAGGAGCAGGCUUGAGAAGGAGAGGUGGGGGCCAAGCCCCGUAGUUCACCCUUGCCCCACAGUUGCCUGAUUCUUGUGGCACCUCUUGGUUUGUGAAUCCCUCACCUCUUAUUGGGACCAGCCCUCCACCCACCUGAGUUCUUGGCCUAAAUGGUGGCAGGAAGGCCUGCAUGGGCCCCUUUAAUAGACAGGG